CCCAUGCAGGAAACUCUAACAGCACUGAGCAGCUCCUUCAGUAGCAGGCUGCGGCACCACGGUGGAGAGAUUUUGCAGAGCUGCUGACGUAGGUGUGACACCAAGAUGGAUGAUGCAGACAAGAUCGUGAAUAAAAUCUUCUCAUGGAUGGAUCUACAAAAGGACAGUAUAGACAAGUUGAACGAGCUAGCCACUCAGUUGGAGGAACAGCAGAAGACUAUCAAUGUCACUAAAGUUGUCGGGAGCUCAGUGUCUGUGGGUGGUGCAGCUGCCAUGACAGUAGCAGGUGUAGUAAGUGUUUUAACAGGAGGACUGUCGAUACCUUUGUUAGCUGGAACAGGAGUAGUGGCAUCAGGUCUCGGUUUGGCUACUAGUGUGGGUUCUGAUGUUGUUGGUGCUGUCUUAUCAAGUAGGACUAUGGAAGAGGCCACAAAUAUUUCAAAAAGCCUUGAUGCUCUUACAGCAGAAAUCACAGCACUCAUGGAGUCCCUCUUAACAAAAACAACAGGCAGACAGCAACGGGGUAAAAAUGUUUCUCCAGAAGAAUAUGUGAAGGAGGCGAUCCUGAGAGCAAUGGCCAAACGCAAGGGUUUGAUAUUAAAUGAGAAGGACAGUUUAAUCAAGCUGUUAUCUCAGCUGCCACUUGAGAAGAUCUUUAAGAACGACGUAGAAUCAGACCUCCUCAAAAAGUCAACAACGGAGGUGCCACUGCUUUCAGACUUUGUUACAGGGUUGGUCUCAGAAAAACUCAUGAAAUAUAGGGUCAGCAAAGCCAAUUCCCUGGGUUUAAAGGCAUCACUACAGCAGUUGGAAAAGUGA